AUGACGACACAAACAGAUCUGCUCCUUGUCGAGCACUCGGCCGCGAGCAUUCCCGAAGAGCCUCAACUCGGCUCCUUGCCGGCUUCAGAAGCUCCGUCGCUUACCUACUCGGACUCGUCCGACGAGCCCGAAGUGGAAGACCCCCCCCAGCCCGUACCACGUCGUCGCCGGGCCUCAACACGGCUGAUUGCGCAAAGCCCGCUCGAUGUUCAACGCAUUACCGGCGAAACCACGACUCAAUUGAUCAAGCGCUGCUGUGGAGGUGGCUGCUGCCUUGGCCUGGGUCCCAAGAGGGACGGCGUUGAGUCCGAGCCGAUUGAACUCCCCGACAACGAUGCUUAUCGGUCCCUGCUUCUCAAGAUUGACCAAAUACCAAUCACGCUAACUGGAGUAUGCGAAUUGCCCGAGCAAACCGUUUUUCUACAACCCAUGCGGCGACCGUCUACUGUCCCAUCUCCUACCGGUGCUAGCCCUCUCCCGAAUCCAGACAGUACAAGCUCGCUCCUAGGCCAAGUCGAGUCUAAGUUGCACAGCCUGACCCUCGAGGACCUCGAUACGCGGAUACAACCCCCUUCCUUUGUCCAGCCGCAUCCGCCCCACCAUGUCUUCGCUGCUCGCAUUGUCAACUCGCGCGAGUUGACUCGUCCCGGUGCCGAGAAACGGACGUUCCAUUUUGAUCUUGAUGUCACGAAUUAUCCUGACGGCGAGGGUACUGACUUUAAGGUCGGAGGAGCAAUUGGUGUCAUGGCACCCAACGAAGCUUCCAUGGUAGAGGAAGUGCUUGAUCUGCUUUUAGUCCCUCGCUUUUUGCGUGACAAGCCGGUUCUGCUGCGGACGACCAAGGGCCGCUGGCCCACCGUUUGGGGCGACGACAUGGCACGCGAGCUUGUCACAACCCGUCGUGACUUGCUCACUUGGUGCUCUGACAUUCAGUCAUACCCGCCCACGAAGCAGCUCCUGCGUGUUCUGGGCGAGCACGCAACCGACGAGAACGAGCGCAAGAUUCUUCUAUAUCUCUGCUCUGCUGAGGGGCAAGGUGUAUUCUGCGACUUCCGCACCGGUCCUCACGUGUCGCUUGUGCAAUUACUGCACGCCUUCCCAAGCGCUAAGCCCCCUCUCGAUAUGCUCCUCUCGGUUCUUCAACCGUUGAUGCCUCGCUUCUACUCUUUGUCCAACGACCCGCAUGAGUCAUACCUGAACCGAGAUGGCAAGCAGCACCGGCUCAUCGAGAUCGCCGUCACUGUCCAUGAGACUGCGGACUGGCGCACAGGCAAGCGGCAAGGUGUUGGCUCUGGCUUCUUGCAACGGCAGGCGCUGCGGUUCCUUGAGGCCAAGGAACGCGGCGAGAAGGAUCCAGAGUUAUACGUUCCCAUGUUUAAAGGGCUGAUGCAGAACCCUCUGGCAAAGCAGUUCAAGUCGGAUGGUCCCAUGCUUCUGAUCGGCGCUGGUGUUGGCAUCGCACCUUUUCGUGGCUUCGUCCAACGCCGGCUCAAGACUGCCAACUGUGCCAACAAAGUCUGGGUGCUGCAGGGCAUUCGCGAUUCCCAUGUCGAUGAGCUUUACAGUGGCGAGUGGGGCGCACAUGAGGGUGAGGUGAAGAGGGUGGUUGAAAGUCGCCGCCAGGGUCGCUAUGUUCAGGAGGAGGUCAGAGCACAAGCCGACCUUGUCUGGUAUGUCAUCAAUGCCGUCGAUGGCCGUGUGUUCGUCUGCGGCAGCAGCAAGGGUAUGGGCGAAGGUGUUGAGAAUGCGCUUGUUGAGGUCGCCAUGCGCAAGGGUAACCUCCAGAGGGAAGAGGCAGAAGAGUUCUGGAGGCUGAAGAAGGAGGCUGGACAGUAUAUCGCCGAGACUUGGUGA